GUAAGAUAAAUGAUCCAAUUGAACCUGCAUCCAUAAACAAUUCGAUCAAAAGUUUCAUUUAUAUCAAAUGAUGCCUAGAUUUUAUAUGAUGUCUUUGAUAAUUAAUUAAUAAGAUAAAUGCACCACACGGAUCCUUAAUUACUCAUUGGGUCCCCAUACUAUAACUAUAGUAGGCUUGGCUGUCACCUUCACUCCAAACACCCACAUGUCAUCCUAGAUUUCCAUACAUACAUAUAUACACACAUUCACACUCACAUACAUGCACACAAAUUAUAUAUCUCUCCCACCAAUUUAACCAAAAAUUCACUCACUCCUAUUUCUCUCUCUAAAAAAAUGUCCUCAAACAAAAGAAAAGUUCUCCUAAACACAGUCUCAGUAAACCUAGGCUGUUAUUGUAGAAAACCAAAACUUUCUUCAAUUUUUAGCCCAAAACCAAAAUCAAAAACACCCAAAUACCAAAAAUACCAAAAUUAUUCCUACUCUUCCUCAACUUCUAGUACUAACACUACUUGGGAUAAAACUACUAGAAACUUCUCUUCAUCCUCCCCUUAUGAGUGUUAUUACCCGACUAUUAACUCCACUACCUUUUCUCCUUACGUGGACACCACAACCUCCUCCUCUUCCUCUUCACAGCCGUCCUCAUCAGUUGAUGGGUUCGGCCGUGUUGGGACUAAAUCAAUGGCCGUGGAGAAGGAUUCGACUGACCCGUAUUUGGAUUUCAGGCAAUCUAUGUUACAAAUGAUAAUGGAGAAUCAAAUUUAUACUAAAAAUGAUCUUAAGGAGCUUUUGAACUGUUUCUUGCAGUUGAACUCUCCUUCUCUUCAUGGGACUAUAAUCCGGGUUUUUACCGAGAUUUGGAAUAGUUUCUUCUUCAAUGGGAGACCUGAUCAUUCUUCCCCUCGGUUCUUCAUUCGGCCUAGUUCCUAUGAGAUUUAAGUAGCCGCUGCUAGCAGGGAUAAGAUUGCGUACAUCUGAAACUCUGUCUCAUCUACGAACGACUAGAGUGAUGGCUACGGGUCCUAGAAUUUUACUUUGAUUUUUAGUUGAUUUGGUUAGCAUUUGUAAUCAUCUUUUGGUGUUAUUAUUAGUAUGAGUAGGAUGGAUUAAUAGUAGUAGUGCAUUAGGUAUUAGGUUGUAGGUAUGAUCUUAAAUAUUCCUCCUUUUUUGAGGCACAUAUAUAAGAUCUCUAACUUGGUAGGAUUGUAAGUCAUGAUCAUGUCAUAUUGUGAUGUGACUAGUAAUUGUAAAGAUGUUUUACCAUUUGGUAUGAAAUCAAACGGAUUUUACU